UACAAAUUAAUUACACACACGAAAUCCCUCACCAAUCUCAUCUUCUUCCUUUUCUUUCCCCUUUCCUUUAUAUCCCAAAGUCCGCCAUUAAAACUCCACCUUCAACCUUCAACCUUCAACCUUCAACCUUCAAUGGCGAACACCAAGAAGAAGCAUCUCAUGAAGUUCCCUUCCAUUUUCAAAUCCAGACUACCAGCACAGCCAUGGGAAUGGGAUUGGCCUUCUUGUAAGCAUCCCAAAACUCUCUCAUUCCGCGCUCAAAACGACCUCGUUUUCAAGACCGUCAACUCCAUCUUCUUCGACCAACCCUUCGAAACCACCACCACCACUCCUGAUUAUUCUUCACUUUACACCAACUCCUCCGAAUCCGCCUCUGUAACCAACUCCACGGCGGCGACGGAGUCCCAAGAAGAAUCACUCGAAACGGUGGUCCGCGGCGCUAGAUCGGAGAGGCUCUUCUUUGAACCGGAUCAUACGAGCUCGAUACUCGAGAAAUCGAAGCCGAUCGAGUCGUCGAUUGAAUCGGAACCGAGGUUAGUGUUUAAAGAGAGCUUGAUUGUGUCGAUUGAAUCGGAGAAUCCGUAUGAGGAUUUCAGGAAAUCGAUGGGGGAAAUGGUGGAGAGCCUUGGAGUUAAGGAUUGGGAUGGAUUGGAAGAGCUUUUGGGAUGGUAUUUGAAGGCUAAUUGGAAGAACAAUCAUCGGUUCAUCAUUGGAGCUUUUGUUGAUUUACUGAUCCAUAUUCUUCUUGCUUCUUCUUCUUCUUCAUCAUCAUCUUCUUCAUCUUCUUCUUCGCUGUGUUCUAAUUCAGAAUCUAACUAUUACACAUGCACUGAAUCUUCAUCUUCUUCUUGUUCUUGUGCAUCGUCUUUGAGAUUGCUGGAUCGAUCUUCCAUUGGAAAGGAGCUUCAUGAGGAAGAAGAUGAUCAUAUCACAGAAACUCUGUAGAAUUUCAGAUUUCUUCCUCACUUUUGUUCUUUUUUGAGGGGUUUUAUAUUUUCCCCCUCUUUUUUUUUGUAUUGUAAAUACAAUAUUGAUAUUAUAUCUAUAUAUAAUAUAUAUGAGCUUUUUUCCCCUCUA